UGUGUUGUGAACGGAAUGCAAAGUUAUCCGACGUUAGCAACAUAUUCACAGCUAACUUGUUAAGGUCAUGUCAGAUAUGGAGACAGAUUCUUCCCUCCUCACCUCCGAAAUGGAUCAGGCGCAGCAGGAGGAGCUAUACUACCAGCUUCUCAUGCAGACAAUGGGAGAAAUGCAGAAUCCAAAUCUAGACUCAAAAGUCAUCCGCCCUCAGCCUGGGUUGUGUGUGAAGACUGUUUCCCUUACUGACAAACAGAAAGUCUUUGUGAACAUCUGUCAAUCUCCUGCACUCCCACCCCCUCCCCAUCUGUCAAAGGAGGAGCUGCUGGAGCUCCUGGAGUCAGAUGACCCCACGGGAUACAAAGUUCCCAUGAGCCUUGGAGAGCCUCACACCGAAAUGGACAACAAUUCUCAAGGUUGUACAGCCUACGAUGUGGUCAUCAACAAUGAAUUCUUCCAGAAAUGCCAGAAAGACCCGCUGUUCCUCCAGUUUGUGAUUGCAGUGUCCUUCGAAGGCCUUGAAAAUAAGUACAGCCUUGAGCUGAGUCGAGAGUGGAAAGUGCUGAAGAACAGAAAAUUUCUUGGGUCUGUAAAUGAACAGAACAUCAGGACCAAGAGCAAGCCAACCAUACAGGAGAUAAACCCAGUAGCAAGCAAGGACUCGCACCCAGCACCAAUGCAGGCCAAGACUCCAGAGUUUUGUCUCUUAGUGGAGCCCCCUGUCGGUGACCCUCAGUACCUGAUAGCAGAAAUCCAGCUUCCUGGAGUGCCAUCAGCCCGCUCCCUUCUUCUAGACCUGGGGGAAGACAGGCUAGUCUUGACUGCAAGGCCAUCCCUGUUUCAUCUGGACUGUUUCUUCCCCUUAAACAUUGACCCCGAGACCAGCGUUGCCCAAUACAACACCAAAACACAGGUUCUCACAGUGACAAUGACAGUGGUGUCUUCAUGAAGGAGC